UAGUUCGGACAACAUCGAACAACUCCGGUUGUUUAAAGUUGCUUAUUUACAUAAUAAUAAUAACGAAACUCCCGGGCGAUAAAACGCGUUCGGGAAUGAAUGAACUUAAUCGACUUUUCUACCUAUCGAGAUCUGUCGUUUUCUUGAUCUCGAUCGCGGUCCUGUUCCGCAAAUAACAUAAUAAUAAAAACUUGCUCUCUCGUGCAUGUGUGUAUAAGUGUCUCGUUUCGCGAAUAAGUGCACCUGUGCCCUUUUUUUGCGGAGUUAUGGUGACGCUUCAAUUAUCAAACGGUGUGGACAAUAGCAAGGAAAUGGGGUUGAGGCGUCGACGCAACAAAUUGAGGCUUAGAUCGACGAUGUGAUUGUUUGAUACCCAGAACCAAGAGGCGAAAAAAUGAUGACUGCCAUGGCCAGGCUGCCUUGCAAGCAAACCUCGCCAUCCCAACAGCCAAGGGUCAACAAUUUCAGCAACAACCGAGGCUAUUGGGAUAUGCAACCACAACAACCUGCCCCUCCCUAUGUCAGGAAUAAUAAUCGACAUCAUGAUUAUGCUGGUAAGAGGAAGAGCGCUGUAGAGUUGCUUCAAGAGACGAAGGCCUUUUAUGUGAAGAGUGAGACUGUUCUGGACCGGAAGCAAGAGCUGAAGAAUAGUGGCCACCUUCAGGUUUCUCAAUUAUCAGCACCCGGUGCUCCUCCGAGGCUUCUAAGAAAAUGCGGAAAUCCCGUGCCCGGAACCAUUCAACAGACUUCCCCACAACUGCCAGCCCCUCUUUCCGCGCCCUGUUGUUGGGCCACGUGUCACGAACAGGACAGACCUGAUGGAGUUUUGAGUCCUCAACGAUCACUGCCACCCGCGCUGCCGCCGAAGAGUCCGCGAUUGGUACCGGUUCCUCAGCGUCGCACUAUUUCCGGUCCGCCGAACGGUACCGGAAGCGAUCAGCUGCAAAUAAAGCUCAGAAGGUUACUUAAUACCGAUAGCAAGGAAAACGUAUUUUUUCCUGAUAACGAAUAUCAGCUCCCUCAGAAUGUUCAAACGAACGGAGCUGGCCGUGAGGAUAAAUUUAGAUACUCCCCCGGAAGCUUGUCUCCCGGAUGCAGAGAAGAGGAUCAUAGCACGCUCUGUACACCACCGGAUAUUCGAUUUAAAUUCGGAAGAAGUAAUUCCCACUCCCACACACCUGCGAGAUCUGUCAAAAAAUCGAGCAAUUCUGCUUCUGGGGAGAGUACGGUAUGUCACAAGUCCUUACCGGAUCUUCAUACCAGCACGCGACGUCGGGCGUCGCUGUCUCCGCGAGCAUCCACCAAGUCGUCCUCGAAACCUUUAGUGACCGCUCAUCAUCAAACGGGUAGCAACUGUCCGGACUGCGAAACUAGUUCAGACUACUCAGAUCUCAGCUUUAAACGAGAUUCCAUGUGCUAUCGCAGUUCCAGGCAUACUCGAAGAUCACUGGGCUCAGGAGGUGGCGAUGCAAGUAGUGUCUUAUCCUCCGGUGGUCGAACACAGAAGUCCUCAGGUUCAAGCAAGUUAAGUCACGGUGCUACUGCAAGAGACUCGGGUGGUUCUUCCGGUCAUUGUACACAUCGUAGCGAGCCACCAGCAAGAAUCCAGGAUGUUUGGAGUCACAUACGAAGAGAUAGCGGAGCGUCUACUCAGCAUUCCACCGAGAAAGAUAGAUCGAGAAAAAGUAGUUACGGUAGUGGAACUCUCCCGUCUGUCGUUAGACAUUACAGUCCAGAAUCCAACAGCAGUAAUAGUCAAACCGAUUAUAGUCCUACUUGCAAUUCAAGGUUUUCUGACGGUUGGAAAGAGGGUCGAGGCAGGCCAAUAUUGAGAUCUAAGUCUGAUAUCAGCGACCGAUACUGGAGACACGAGAACGGCCGUUCGCCGAAAAAUCCUUCGCGUCCUCCUCGUUCUGUUACUCAACUAGAAAACUUUUUCGACCGACUAGGACUCGAUUCCGAAAAUUAUCAGCGCAUAACCGAACCCGAUUCCAAGACUUCAUCCCCCGUCUUUUUCGAUAGUGUCAGUUCCGUGGAUUCUGCGUUGGGACUUUACUCGUAUGUCGCAGGUAACCAGGGAAAUCCAGGCAGUCAGUGGCAAAAUAAUAACUGCAGCACUGGAAUGGGAAAUGAAGAAUGCAACCAAAGGGCGAGCGACCAACCGAGCAUAGUCGAGAGGAACGCAAGAAUCAUCAAAUGGCUCUGCCAAUGUCGCAAAGUUCAAUUCGGAUACAGUUAAGUGAUCGACGAAACGAUCCAAACGUGAAUUUUCAAUCGGAUUUUAAAUUCAUUUAAAAGACGAAGAGAAGAUUGUUUUCACAUUCGUUCGUUCUAUUUUAAAUUAAUUCUAUUCGAAUUAAGUUUCACUGAUUUGGGAUUUAAGCUUACUCUAAGAGAAUUAAUUAGCGAAGGAUUUAUAAUUUGGAUGUACUGCUGCAUUCAAAUGAAUUCACAUGGUCACUUAAAUAUUCAAAAUUUUGUGCGGAUUCAUGCUCCUCCCAUUAAUAGGUCAUACCGAAUUUUUAAUAUGUUAAAAUAAUAAAAUGCUCUUUUUGCAGCCAUUAUCGAGAAAAAGGACUUUUUUUUUUUUUUUUAAGUCAAAUUAUUUUUUUUUUAACAACCCAUUUCCAAUGGAAAAAGACAAGAAAACAAAAAAUGUCGAAUUUGAUGACUGAAUGAUAAUCUGAAGAAUAAUAAUGAUCUGAAAAAUCGUAUGAUUAAAAAAAAUAAAUUAAAUUUUUAAUAAAAAACACUAACAUACUAUAACAGAAAAUUGUGCUUUUGUUUAUAAUUAUCGCUUUUCGGUGGAAAAGGUUAAUAUAACCGUAAAUUCUUCCAAAAUUGUAAAUUUUCUUUGCAUUUUAUAUUGAUAUUUUCGCUGGAAACCAUUAGUAUAAUAUCCAAUUAUCUCUAAAAAAAAGUAAUCUAAAAUUGUUGAAAGUUGUACAUUUAAAAAAUAUAAUUUUUCGUUAAUUACAAAUACCAAUUUCCGAAGAAAAACAAUGACAUAGUCAAAAACUGUUAAAAUAUUCCGAGUCUUUGUCAGAUUAAAAUGAUUUUUGUUUGGAAAUACGAAUUUCCAAAAAUGUGAUACGACAACAUGACCUAAAAUUGUUAAAAAUUAUGAAUAGUCUUUGAAAUCUAAUAUUUUUUUAAUAUAAAUUUCAAGUUCCUAGAAAAAAGUCUUAACACAGUCCGGAGAAUUGUACAAGCUUUGUAAAUCACAUUAUUAAAAAAAAUGGAUUUAGGUCUAAUGAUUUUGGUUUAAAACUGUCAAAUUCAGGUGAAUCUCUUUUAAAAUUGCAAAUAUUCUCCGUACUAUACUGAUUUUUGGUUUUAAAUUCCAAUUUUGGCUGUAAAACGCUAACGGGACCAAAAUUCUUAAAAAAUUGUGAAUCUUUCAAAUGUAAUGAUUUUUUUUAUUUCUAUUUUCGGUUAGAAAAAGUUAAUAAAGUCGAAAAACGUAAAUUGUUAAAAAAGGUUCAAUUUUUAAAAUCUAAUAAUGGUUUCUUUUAAUGUUUAACCGCGCCAGGGUAUUCAAAUAGCAAAAUUAGUAAAAUAAAAUAAUAUACAUUAAAGACAUUUUCUAUUAUUAUCAUAAUAUUUAUAUAUUAAAAUUAGAGUAAUAAGUGAUGUUCGUUAACAAAAAUUUGCAUAUAGAAUGUUUGUUGUAAGCUGGAAUCGAGCUCGGACUUUUCGAUUUCAAAUUCAGAACACUACCGCCUGAUCAAACUAAGAGUUGUGCAAGACUGUCGCAUCGCGGUCCAGGAAACGUGCGUGGAUUUUUUUGAAGCGGUUUUUUCCGAAAAUGGCAGAAAAGUACAUUUCAUUACUCUAGCAUAUUACAAGUUUUACAAUUACCUAUUACUGGAAGAAGUAUGAAUUCAAAUAAUACCGAAGUUUGCAGGUUGUCCUUGCAAGUGGCGUUUAUGUUGACUUGUAUUUUAUUGUUUUUAAUGAAGGACAGUUUCUAAUAUUCCUAAGGAUUCUAUUCGUGAGUAGAUAUAUAUUUGUUGGUGCAAUGGGAUGUGUGCCAUUUGAAAUUUGCAAUUUGCUCUGCAACUAAUGUACAAUAUUUGCUUUUACAAUGAACUUAAAAUAUUGUACAUUCGCAACGAAGGUUCACUAUUUCAUCGUUGCCUCUGCUCUUUCGUUCGCUUUUCUCUCAUCGCCGUAAAUUGUAAAUAAUAUUCAAUUAGGCAAGGAUUUUCCACUUAGGGAAUGUAUUGCGGUUAUAGUCAUUUAAAUUCGAUUGUUGUCGACAAGUACGAUAUAGUCUCGAUUCGACAAAAAUUAGUAGUAAUCUAAUAAACGAUCCCUGAGCGUUUAUCCGGCGUGAUGUAGGGAAUAGUUCGGUGAUAGAAAAAAAAUUACAAGUGAUCAAUUUUGAUUCGAUAAUAGAAGAUUAUCUAUAUUUAUUUACAAGUGGUCGAAUUCGGUCUCAAUAUUUCCCUCGACUUAUACGAAAAUAGUACGAAAUAUUCUAUUAUGGAUUUCGCGAGGCCAAUUUAGAGAAGAUAGUUUAAAGAGGAAGACAAAAAAUAAUAAUAAUAAUAAUAAAUGGACGCCUUUACUUGCUGGUCUUUGAUACCGCAAACGUGACAAAAUCACUCAAUUAAUGUUAACGUUUAACAACUUAAAACGAAAGGUGGAGACUCGAGUAGUAUAAUUGUACUUACUCUACAUGCACUUGCGGAUUUAUUCAUCUGAGCUUUUUAAGUCAACAUUCAACGACGAAAUCUAAAACGAAAGUCUUGAUAUCGACAAUUGAGUCUUGGUAAAAAAACAAAAAGAAAAAUCGAAUGCUUCAAGGGCGCAGGCUUCGUUUUUGAGUACGAAGUUUGAAAAAUAAGGCACCUUCGAUUCUAAAUAUCAAUCCCGGCUCAGCUUAUUUUUAACACUUUUACCAAGACGCCUUUUCUUUUCUUGAAAGAGAUAUUUGCAGAGUUCAUUAGUUUUUUUUCUCGAAAGCAGAAUAUUUGUGCAGAUUUAUGUUCUAUUUAAAACAAUCUGAUCGCACAAAUAAGAACGUUCAUUCCAUCCUAGUAUAUAUGAGAUUUACGGUAGGGUCAAAAGAAAAAGAAUGAAUUUUGAGAAUUUUGAAAGACGACAGUAUUUUUCAUACAUCUCGCGUGGAAAUAUCAAAUGCACAAAUUUAGUUUUAUCUUACACUCUUAGACAGUUUUUAAUAUAAAUUACAAAACAUGACCGUCAUAUAAACACACUGCUGAUCAUCUUGUAUGCAUACGUUUUUAUCGAGGUGAUACAUAACUGAUAUUUUUGAAGUAAUUAAUAUCAAGUUUAAAAAAAUUUAAUUUUGAGGGUUCAAAUAAAUAAUAUCUCGAUUUUUCCAAAUUUAAACUAAUUCACUAUAAAAGUUUCAGUAUCUAAUGUAAUUUGUUAUGUUUGUUGUAGAAUGCAAUUCCAUGUUAUAGGGGACUUUUUUUAAUUCCUUAGGACUACCUUAAAAAUGUAUAAAUUCAUUUCAUUUCUACUAAAUUCACUUGAAUGAAUAUUAAUUACACUGAAUUCAAUUGCAAUUCUUCUAAUUCUUCUUAUUUUAGAAUUCAGUUAAUUUCUUCUGAAUUUUUUCGCGAGUUCAUUUGAAUUCUUCUAACUGACUUGCAUUUGAAUUCUUUUGAAUUCCUUUGAACUCUUCUAAACUAGUCUGAAUUCUACUGAAUUGAAAUAAAUUAUUGUUCGUUCUUUGGAUUCCUUUAAAUUUACUUGCAUACUUUUGGAAUACAUUGGAUUAUUUUGAAUUCACUUGUUUUUUUAAAUCUUUUGGAUUUGUUUUUA